UGCCAGUCGGGCGUCUCCCCUUCCCCCUCCCCAUAACCGCCCACCGUUUCAGAGAACGAGUUUUCCCACUGGGAAAAAAAACUACUUGACACCCCCGCUUGCUGUAUGCUCGCUCUCGUCGACACAUAAACACAAAGACAUUAUUAAUAAUCCAGAAACACAGCAUACUAAUACCUACCCUCCCAUAAUACGCCAGCCACUGUUUUUAUCCCCCUUCUCCAACCUCCCCAAAAAUAUCCCACGCUCAGCCGACGCUCAAAUCCCGGCACCCGUUAACAGUUUCUGCCCUCCCGAUUAUUCCGAGCGACUAAAAAAUCACAUCUACUCGAUUGGAAGUCGCUUCCCCCCACCUCUGGCCCUCCUGGAGUCUAUCGUUAGCAAAGCUUGUAUAUAGAAGGUCAAUAAUCGAGAAAAAUGACGGCCGUGGCUGAAAAUCCUCGAAGCCCCGAUGAGUUUCUUUCGGAAUACUUGGAAUCAGCGAUAGGAAACCUCCCCUCAGAGCUCGCCUUCAACAUGAGCGUCCUGCGAGACCUCGACGUGAAAUUCCACUCCAUGGUCGAGUCUAUGCGGCAUAACUCACGGUCCUAUUCCGCGAUUAUGAAGCAGCGACGGACGGCGGGGUCGGCCGAGGGCGCGCCGGUGAUUAUUGGCGCGGAUAAGGAUGCGAGAGGGGCCUUGGUGGGGUAUCGGCAGGAUUAUAAGAUGGCGGUCGAGCAGGCGGAUAGGAAGUUGGAGGCGAGUCAGAGAGUGUUGGAUCAGUUCACAUCCCACUACAGCCGCCUCGAAAAAGCGCUGCACCAAUUCGAAGAAGAAGAAGCCGCGCGCCACUCGCACUCCACAUCCACGCGGAAACGCAAACGCACAACGAGCGAAACUGACUCCCACAUCAUCGGGGUCACGCCCUCCCGGCGCCGUAUCCGCCAAAAAUCCGAGUCCGUCGCGCUGGAGGUCCCACAAACCAUACCCGAGGUCGCGGUCGGGGUGGCUACAUUGGGGAUGAAGACGGGAACGUCGGAAGACGAGGAGGUGUAUUGUAUCUGCCAGCAGGUCUCGCAUGGGGAUAUGGUCGCUUGUGAUAACCAGGGCUGCGCCAUCGAAUGGUUCCACUACGCCUGCGUUGGCCUAACAACACCCCCCAAGGGUUCCUGGUACUGCACCACCUGUCUCUCACAAGGCAUUGGCCGAAAUCACCCUACACUGCCGACACCGGCGCCGGACGAGAUUAUUGAUGUGGAGGGGGACGAGGAUGUGAAGUUCAUGGUGGAUUCGGCGAUUGCGAGUCCGGUGUCCAGUUUGGGGGAGGAAGGGAGAGGGAGUGGGAGGAAGGAUACGGCGGCGGCGGUUAGGAGGAGGAAGAAGAUGGAGGCGAGGGAGAGGGGUGGCGUUUAGGAGGUCUCCUCGCUUUCGCCGCCCCCACGUCGUACCCGCUUGUCGUGUGCGUGGAGAAAGGGCCAGCUGUUCAUCUAUUUCUCUCUUUUUGGUCUCAUUCUCAACGCGGCGUGUCUUCCUCCACCCCCUCCUCUCUCCCUCUCUCAUCGAGCGUAGUGCAUCCAUCCAUAUAGUACAUUCCGCCGUAUCUCUUCUGUAUUACAUAGUCCAUCAUCCUGGUUUCUUCGUACAUAGAUCUCCCUCUCCCUCUCUCUGCAUACCCCAUCCGCAAUGUAAUCAAUAUACACGGUCUUUUCAGUCUCAUAUUGUGGGUUUUCUUUCUCGGGGCUCAAG